AUGGCUGCUCCAUCCAACAAAUCCCUACAGUCCUUAUCGGGUAAAUGGCAACUGAACAAAGCCUGCUCCGAUGACUUUGCAUCAGUCCUUGCGCUCCAAGGCGUAAACGUUCUAGUCCGCAAGACUGCCACCGCAGCAUCUAUCCAUCUCAAAAUCAGUCAACCAGACGAUCAACAUAUCAAGAUGGCGCAGUCGAUAACUAGCGGCAAAAUCCCUGGUACUACAGAGGAUUACACCUUGGACUACGAGUGGCGCACGAACCAGGAUGGUUUCUUCGGUGAGGUAUCAGGAAGAAGUCGAUGGGUCAGUGUCGAGGAGGGGAGGAAGACGGGCGUAGUUGACGAGGGCGAGGGUAAAUGGAUUGAAGGGGAUAGCGAGGGAAAGUUGAUUCAUGCGGAGGGGAAGAAGCAGGGUGAGUGGGAGGCUAGCCACCUUUGGGGCUUUGAGAUGGUUGACGGGGAGAGAAGGCAUACGAGACGUGUAAGAGUUAGCAAUGAGAAGGGUGAAGAGUUGAGAGUGAGGAUGGUCUACGACUUUGUUGGCGAAUAG